AUGCCGUGUUCCUGCGCCGAGUGGAGGAGGUGGAUCCGCCCGCUGGUUCUGGUUCUGUACGCUCUGCUGCUGGUGGCCGUGCUGCCGCUCUGCAUCUGGGAGCUGCAGAAAGACAAGGUCGGGACUCACAGUAAAGCCUGGUUCAUCGCCGGCGUGUUCGUCUUCCUCACCAUCCCCAUCUCGCUGUGGGGGAUCCUGCAGCACAUCGUGCACUUCACCCAGCCGGAGCUGCAGAGGCCCAUUAUCAGAAUACUGUGGAUGGUGCCCAUCUACAGUUUGGACAGCUGGUUGGCUCUGCGGUACCCCAGCCUGGCCAUCUACGUGGACACGUGCAGGGAGUGCUACGAGGCCUACGUCAUCUACAACUUCCUGAUGUUCCUGCUGAGCUUCCUGAGUAACCAGUACCCGAGCCUGGUGCUGAUGCUGGAGGUGCAGCAGCAGCAGCCUCACCUGCCGCCGCUCUGCUGCUGCCCGCCGUGGCCAAUGGGAGAGGUGCUGCUGUUCAGGUGCAAGCUGGGAGUCCUCCAGUACACCGUGGUCCGGCCCGUAACCACGGUGAUAGCCUUGAUCUGUCAGCUGUGCGGGGUUUACGACGAGGCCAACUUCAGCUUCAGAAACGCCUGGUCCUACCUGGUCAUCAUCAACAACAUAUCACAGCUGUUCGCCAUGUACUGUCUAGUGUUGCUGUACCGAGCUCUUAAAGAGGAGCUGACUCCCAUCAGGCCGGCGGGGAAGUUCCUCUGCGUCAAACUGGUGGUGUUCGUCUCCUUCUGGCAGGCGGUCUUCAUCGCGUUCCUGGUGAAGGUCGGCGUGAUCUCCGACAAACACACCUGGGACUGGGACAGCGUGGAGGCCGUGGCCACCGGACUGCAGGACUUCAUCAUCUGCAUAGAGAUGUUCCUGGCUGCCAUCGCUCACCACUACACCUUCACCUACAAACCAUACGUUCAGGAAGCAGAGGAGGGGUCGUGUUUCGACAGCUUUCUGGCCAUGUGGGAUUUCUCUGAUAUCAGAGCUGAUGUCACAGAGCAGGUCCGCCAUGCAGGCCGUACGUUCCUGGGUCGUCCCAACAAGAUGUACUUCGGCUCGGCGGUUCGACCUGAACACACCGAGCACACCGGCCUCCUCACGGCGUCCUCGUCCCAGGACCCCGUCGCCGUGGCAACCACGUCGAUGCCCUCCUCCCCGUCCUUGAGCGGCUGGUACCAAGGCCUCGGCCACACCCCCGCGCCGCACUCCAUCUCCGCCCCGGCGGGGUUCACCUCCUCGAGCUGGGAUGACGACAGCGACGGCUCACCUCCUCCGGCAGGCGACACCACCGCCAGAACGUAG